AUGGCUGGGCCCAGCCUGGGGGUGUUUCUUGAUAUUGAAAGCUGCGCUCGCAUCACCACUCCCUUACCUGCAGUCCAGAAUCAGCAGGGGACUGUGCAACCUCAAUCUGACCUGGAGUUGGAUGAGAUCCACCCAGCACGAAGUCUAGACCAAAAAGCCCGCGAGCCAAGGGUACACGAAUCACCUGGAUCAUCCAUACCCACACCAGGCACACUGGAGAGUUCGGUGCACACACCGAUCGCUGAAAAUCCCACUACGAUUGAAUGGGCACUGGAUCGAACAGUAGUCUCUUGGAAAGACAAAUGGCGGCUUUUCAGUGCGUGCUUGAUGCUUCUUGGGAAUGGCAUGAAUGACGGCGCUCCCGGUGCGUUGAUUCCUUACAUGGAAAAGCAUUAUCAGAUUAGCUAUUCAGUCGUUUCGUUAAUCUUUGUCGGCAAUGCGCUGGGCUUCAUUUCUGCUGCCCCAGUCACGCAUUCUAUCGACCAAAUGCUCGGACGCUCCAAGACUUAUGCCUUGUCAAUGUUCAUCCUAGCUGCGGCCUAUAUUGUCAUCACUUGUCAGCCUCCGUUUCCAGUGGUGGUGGUGUGUUUCUUCCUGCUGGGAUUCGGUGUGGCUUUGAACUUGGCCCUCAACAAUGCAUAUAGUGCCGGCUUGGCGGAUAGUACCACGGCCCUAGGACUGGUAUGUGGUACAUAUGGCAUUGGAGGUACUGUUGCACCCUUGUUUGCGACUGCCAUGGAAUCUCAUGGUAUUCGCUGGUCGCUUUUCUAUUCUGUCCCUCUUGCAGUCUGUUUGCUCAAUUUGGCCUUUGCCUCAUGGGCAUUCUCAAACUUUGAGCAAGACACUUCGAUUGAGCCACAACAGGCGAUUCGCAUAUCUGCAGAGAGGGUGAACAUUGAAGAAGAGCAUUUAAGUCGCACUCAGCUCCUCAAAAAAGCCAUUCGAAACCGCACCACCCUCUUGGGAGCGCUAUUCAUUUUUGCAUACCAAGGCGCCGAAGUUUCCAUAUCUGGCUGGGUGGUUUCUUUCCUCAUCAACUAUCGACAUGGCGAACCUUCCCGCGUCGGAUAUGUCAGUUCCGGAUUCUGGGCCGGCAUCACCGCUGGUCGGUUUCUCUUGACCCACCCUGCUGCAAAGAUUGGUGAGAAGGUUGCCGUGCUGGGAAUGGUUGCCGGGGCCGUCAUUUUCCAGCUGAUGACUUGGCUCAUUCCGAAUGUCAUCAGCGAGGCGGUCAGUGUGGCUAUCCUGGGCGUAUUGCUCGGGGCGGUCUAUCCAUGUGCUGCCUCGGUAUUCACGAAGCUGCUGCCUCGAAGUAUGCACAUUCCCAGUCUAAGCUUUGUCAGCGCCUUAGGGAGUAGUGGCGGUGCGGUUUGGCCGUUUGUAACCGGUAUUCUGUCACAGCAUGUGGGAACUAUGAUACUACAUCCAAUUUGUAUCGGGUUGUAUGGAGUAAUGGCAGCCAGUUGGCUUCUGCUACCCAAGAUCUCGAAGAGAUCCGAGUAA